GGUGCGCAGAGUUGUGGCUGCGCUGUUAUCGCGCCGUUGCUAUGUACCGCCUGGUGCGCCUGGGCCCGCUGCGGCCGCCGGCCGUUCCGCGCAGCCCCCCGCGCCCGCUCCCCGCCGUCCCCCGCGCCUUGGGCUGCGGUCCCCGCCUCGAUCGGGUUGGCCUCAGCCCGCCGCUGCCCCUGGUAACGCUGCGAUCCGCCGCCGGUAGCUCCGCCAAGGAUGCAGGUGGUUCCCCCGAAAAGGCAGUCACGGAUCCCAGUGGUGAAAACAAGAAACUCAACAAAUCCCAGCAGCUGAAACAAGUUUUUAAAGAAUACGGUGCUGUAGGGGUUUCAUUCCAUGUUGGAAUUUCAUUAGUAUCUCUAGGAAUUUUCUACCUGGCUGUGUCAAGUGGUGUGGAUAUGACUGCAGUUCUCUUCAAACUUGGUUUCAGUGAGUCAUCAUUACAAUCUAAAAUGGCUGCUGGUACAAGCACAUUUGUGCUGGCAUAUGCAGUUCACAAAUUGUUUGCUCCAGUACGAAUCAGCAUCACUGUGGUUUCUGUGCCAUUUAUUGUCCGAUACUGCCGGAAGAUUGGUUUCUUCAAACCUCCUGCCCCAAAUCCAUGAUUUCUUACUGUUUUUUACUCUUUUUAAAUGCUCUAUAUCCAUGUAGCUUUUUGGAUUGCUAAAGUUUUUUAAAAGACUUACUUGGAUUCAUGUUAAUGCUGACCUCCUCUUGGAUUUCUUACUUGUUCUUUCAGGUAAAUGUUACACUGUGAAAAGUGCUGUCCUCCUUUCCCUUUUGCCACCUCUUCUUUAGAAAAACCUGUUAAAAUGGUAUCUGGUUUCCACUGCAAGUGGUAAUAUAAAUGCUUAACAAUGAGCAGUCUCUUUAGAACACACAGUUCUGGGUCUUUAUAAUCUAGCUUUUUGGGCCUUAACAUUUCUCUUGUCAAAAUAGAGUGGCCAUGUUAGUUUAUUACUGUGUAGUUGGGAAACAGACUAAGAUUCUCUUCCUAAUAGUCUGUGGAAUAAACAAUAUCCUACUGUAUGAAUAGUUCUUUUGGUAAGUGUGUAUACUGGAAUCUAAGGUGGUAGGUGAGUGUUUCUUUGUUAUAAAAGGCAUGUAUUAGAGUCCAGUCUUGCAGCACCACACACAUGCUGAACUAACCUAAGUGGCAGUACCUGUAUGCUUACUUAUUACACGGUGAUAAUUGUUUUAGCCAGAAUAGGUGAUGCACCAUUCUGAAACUACAGCUCCUUUGUGGUACUUCCAUGUUUCAAGAUUUUAUUGUUUGCAAGUGUGCUUUAUUUAUAGGCUAGGAACUGGCCUUACUGAAGUCCUCUUUUUUUUUUUUUUUAUGCCUAUAGACUCAGAAGGAAUCCUGAGUCUACUGAAAUCAGUGUAACCAGAAUUACCUCCUAUGUGAACAUAUUCCAAAGACCAUCAAGUCAGAGGCAAGGUAUCUGUGGGUUUUUAAUCUAUUGAGAUCUGGCUUUGUACUGGAGACUUUUUUUUUUUUUUAAUCUGAAAACUAACCCUAGCAGCUUUCUGCUCCUGUGGAUGAAACUCAAAUCUGCACCUGAAGUCCAGACAUUACAAUUCAUAGCUUCUCAAGAACAAUUCUUAUGCUUUUGUCUGACAGACUGUUGAACGUACCAGUUAGAGGUGCUUUCCAUUUCCUUAUUUGGACACUGUUCCUAUUAGAAUGUAGUUGCAUAUGCAUUAUAUUCACAUACCACCUUUCAGUUAACCUAAAGACUGGAUCCCAAAACUAGGUAGUCAAUGUAACAUUCUGUGGUAAACCUAAGUUUCAGACUUAGGACUGUGCUUCUGUGAGAUAGCUCAAGCCAGAUCUAUCAGUCUUUUGGACCUGUUCCUCCUUCUAGGUCUGCUCUUUGUAUGUUGUCUUGCUCUGUCUUUGUGCUUACGUUUACCCCAAGGUGGCUCUGACAGAUCUGUUCAUGCAGGAAUCUGAUUAAAGUAAAAUAGCAGGAAAUUACCCUGGUGAUGACAGUAAUUUUUUUUUUUUUCCCCUGAAAUAUAGUGAAUUGAGAGGAAGGAAUCAUGUGGUUAGGAUGAGAGUUGGCUGAGGGAGGGAAAGAGGAGCAAGUAAUUUCUGUUGUUACAAGCAACCUAUUAACUCUACUCAGCCAUAACAUUAAAUUGCACCUUAACUCCUUUCCCAUUCAGGAAGUCCAAUCCAUAGGCUGGUUGGAUGCACUGAGGAUUCUCAGGCUCACUAGUGAGCAAGCAGCACUUGUGCUCUAGGAAGAUGAGUCACAGCCACAUACAUCCUUGUACCUCUGUAUUAUUGCUACCCCUUGGUUAAUCAGAGGUUUUCUCUAAGACAGGGAAAACUGGAAGAGGGGUAGUUUACCUCCUCUGCUCUGUGGAAGCAAGCAGAUACUAGAGAUUGCCACCUGAAAACAAAGAACCCAUUGGUAAGGGCUUGGUCUCAGGGGGCUGUGCUGUUAGCACAGAUGAGGGUUUAGCAUCUUAAGAUGGAAACAGUUGCAGCAGUGAGUAGGUACACAUGCAAGAUAGAGGCUUGAUGUAUAAUGCAAACACAGCCAUACGUGACAUAUGUAAAGAUGCAUUAUAUAGUUAAACACUGCUCAAAAUACUGACCUUAGGAGCAGGGCAUACUGAGAAUCAGCCUUGCAGUGUGGCCUGCUUCCAUGAGCUAUAAGCUGUGUCACUAACAGAGCUUAUAUCCUGCACAGCUGCUUGGCUUGCUUGUUAAAAUAUGGAGCCAACAUUCUGCUGCUUCAUGUACCCAUGUGUGCAGAAGGAAUGGCUGUCAAGCUCAUUUUGACUAGCUGCUUAUUAAAAAAAAAAAAAAAAACCCACACAACAUACUGGACUUCACCCAUUUCAUGCCUGCUUUGCAGUAUGGCUGCUGAAACUGGCAGCUUGUCCUAGCUUCAGCUUGCUGCUAUCUAAGCCAGCUCCAAUAAGAGCACAAGUUUCAAAUCAGCUUGUCCCUCAAGGAAGCUCUGCCUUUACCCUUGACUGAUCUGUGUUAUUAUACCUGUUACAUGGAUGGAAGCUUAUUGCUGAGUGUUUGAUAGGUAAAAACUGCACACAGUUGAAGGGUUACCACAUUAUGACAACACGCAACCAAUACUACUGUAGCUUUCUGGGACCUGCUACAUUCUAGAACAGCUAGAGUCUUUGAAAUUUCAAGUGGGCAGUCAGUAUUUAUUAAGUGUAAGUUUUACUUGGGCUUUUUUUUUUUCUGUUCACAGAAGCCUGUGGGUUUUUUCUACAUGCCCUCUCUCUUUGCAUCAGUUUAGGGCAAGUUCUGUUACCAAGGCUAACAAAAGAAUUCCAGAAUAGUCACAAGGCAUCCUUGUUUUCUUCAUUAAUCAGUCAUUUCCAAUAAGUAUGUUUUGUCCUGAAGUUGAUAGAAAAUUAAUAUUCAAGCUUUUUCUUUUUCAAAAAAAUCUUUCUGUAAAGCAGGAAUCAUUUAAAGCAAAUGCACCUAAAUGUUAUUAAAAGUCACCAGCACUAACUAGAGAUUUUCUUGCAGUAAAGAAACAGAGCUUCAUUUAAAUUAUGACCAGAAUUGAGAUUACCUAUUAAGAUAAAUAUGGUUGUAUAAACUACUGGCAAUUUAUUUAGAUGAAGUUUUUUGCAAAUUAUGUUUUAAAUUAAUUUGAGAAUAUAUUUUGAAUUCUAGAAUCCUUGCUUGUAAAAGGAUCAUUUUUUAAAGUGGUUUGUAAAAUAGUGAAGAUGACCUUAAAGUCUUAUAAUGAAAAUAAAGUAAAUUGCUUUCUCUUA